AUGGUCCUCACCCGGCUGAUGAAGAAGCCGAGGUUCAGAGAGGAUUCAGUGACCUGCCAGGGCUGCUGGGCUGAGGGCCUCAGCUCCCAGUUGGCUGUUGGCUAUUGGCCACCCUCCGUCCUCUGUGCGUUUCUGCAGCACGGUAGCUGCCCCAUCGAAGUGCACAAGCCCAGAAGGGCGGGAGGGGCCUGGGACGGCGAGGGGCUUUCCCGGAGCAUGCGCGAACUCGGGCCUGGGAGGGGCUUCCCGGAGCAUCGCGCGCAGGGUUCCCGGGGAGUUGCCGACACCGGUUCGCGGCACGUGGCUCAGCACGUGGCUGAGUUCCUGGCUCCGGGCGCCCUGGAGCCGCCGGCUUCCGUCGCCGAGGCGGUGUCGUCCUUGACCAUCGCCGACGCGUUUAUCGCGGCCGGCGAGAGCCCCACCCCGCCGCCUGCCGCUCUCCCUCGGAGGUUCAUCUGCUCCUUCCCCGACUGCAGUGCCAAUUACAACAAGGCGUGGAAACUAGACGCGCACCUGUGCAAGCACACGGGGGAGAGACCGUUCGUUUGCGACCAUGAAGGCUGCGGCAAAGCCUUUGUCCGGGACUACCACCUGAGCCGCCACGCCCUGACCCACACUGGGGAGAAGCCCUUUGUCUGUGCAGCUAGCGGCUGUGAUCAAAAAUUCAACACAAAAUCAAACCUGAAGAAGCAUUUUGAACGGAAACAUGAAAACCAGCAAAAACAGUAUGUAUGCAGCUUUGAAGGUUGUAAGAAGACCUUUAAGAAACACCAGCAGCUGAAAACCCACCAGUGCCAGCACACCAACGAACCGUUGUUCAAGUGUGCCCACGACGGAUGCGGGAAACACUUCGCUUCCCCCAGCAGCCUGAAGCGGCACGGGAAGGUCCACGAAGGCUAUAUUUGUCAAAAAGAAUGUUCUUUUGUGGCAAAAACAUGGACAGAGCUUCUGAAACACGUGAGAGAAACUCAUAAAGAGGCGAUCCCGUGCGGCGUCUGCGGGAGAACAUUCAAACGCAAGGAUCACCUGCGGCAGCACGCGAAGACGCACGCCCCCGAGCGGGACGUGUGCCGCUGUCCCCGGGAGGGCUGCGGCCGGACCUACACCACCGUGUUCAACCUCCAGAGCCACAUUCUCUCGUUCCAUGAGGAGCAGCGCCCGUUCGUGUGCCCGCAGGCCGGCUGCGGCAGAGCCUUCGCCAUGAAGCAGAGUCUCAGCAGGCACGCCGUCGUGCACGACCCCGACAAGAAGAAGAUGAAGCUCAAGGUGAAGCCAUCUCGUGAAAAACGGAGUCUGGCCUCUCGUCUCAGCGGGUACAUCCCUCCGAAGAGGAAACAGGACCAGGGCGUGUCUUUGCCUAGAAGCAAGGAGUCGCUGGACGGCCCUGAGUGCCACGUGCCCUCCGCCGUCAGGAUGCUGAGCCCAGCUGAACACGGGACUGCCCUGCUUGGAGGACCACAGACCAGCCAGCUCAGUUAGGUCCCCUCAGAAGCACGCUUUUAUUAAAAUCACUGGUGCAGCA